AUGGCGACGACGAUUACGAAGAACGGGAGUCUUACUGAGGCUAAUAUAGAUGACGGUGAAAUCGGUGACACAGUGGUGAAGGAUGAGGUUGCUGUUGAUGAUAAGAAAAGGCGCCAUCCUAUUGUUUGUGGUCUACUUGCUGGUGAUAAUCACAAACGGCGCCGUGCUGUUGAUGAUCGGCACCGAUAUCUUGCUUGUCGUGCACCUUCUUCUUUGCGCUCUCCUCAUACUCUGCCUCUCAAUCACGAAAAAGUAGAAGACAUUAAUUUUAUUUCUCCAUGCUAUAAUGCUGUACGUAGCAGUAGCACAGCGGGAUUGUUGGCUGAAAAGAAAGAGAAUCAGGAAAUAAAAGAGGAACGAACUGAUUUGAUGGACGAUAAAGGAAUUGAAGAACAAAAUAGGGUUUCUGAACCUGAAGCAGACGCGAAACAGGGUCUUCAAAUGAAGAAGAAGAGAGGUAGGAAAAGAGGUUGGAAAAAGCACAAUGGGAACACUGGGGCUGCGAUUAAAUCUGAAAAAAGUACUUCCACAGAUAGAAAACAUGAAGCUAUUAAAGGAAAUGAAGAACAAAAUAGGGUUUCUGAACCUGAUGCAGAGGAGAAACAGGGUGUUCAGAUGAAGAAGAAGAGAGGUAGGAAAAGAGGUUGGAAAAAGCACAAUGGGAACACUGGGGCUGCGAUUAAAUCUGAAAAAAUUCCUUCCACAGAUAGAAAACAUGAAGCUAUUAAAGGAAAUGAAGAACAAAAUAGGGUUUCUGAACCUGAUGCAGAGGAGAAACAGGGUGUUCAGAUGAAGAAGAAGAGAGGUAGGAAAAGAGGUUGGAAAAAGCACAAUGGGAACACUGGGGCUGCGAUUAAAUCUGAAAACGGCCCUUCCACAUAUAGAAAACAUGAAGCUUUCAACUCCAGCAUGAAGGAUGGUUUCAAGCUGAAUAAUUAUGCCAAGAACAUGGUUCUCGAUGAAAAUGGAAAUCUAGUUCAUGUACAAUCAAACAUGUGUCAUCAGUGUCAAAGGAACGACAAGGGACGAGUUGUUCAGUGUCAGAAAUGCACUACAAAGCGUUACUGUGUUCCUUGCAUGACAACAUGGUACCCUAACAUGACAGAGGAGAUGUUUGCUGAGUGUUGCCCUGUUUGCUGUGACAAUUGCAACUGUAAACAUUGUUUGCGUGAUGUGGACCCUAAAGUGAAAAAGAAGAUUGAUUUCAAACCUAAUGAUGAUCAGAAAGUUCGAUAUUCUAUUUAUAUCCUACAUGUGCUUUAUCCAUUCUUGAAACGCAUCAAUGAGGAGCAGAUAAAGGAGAAAGCAAUAGAGUCUAAAAUUCAAGGGUCUUCUUUAUCAGAGGUACGGUUGAAGAAGGUAAAGUGCUUUGUGGAUGAACGGGUGCGCUGUGACAGCUGUAAAACAUCAAUUUUUGACUUGCAUAGAAGAUGCCCUUCUUGUCAUUAUGACCUUUGCCUUCAAUGCUGCUGGGAAUUGCGAGAUGGCAACCUUCAAGGAAACAAGGAAGAAGUUAUUUUUGAAUUUAAUGAUCCUGGUCCUGAUUACUUACAUGGGGGGAAGCGCCUUAAAGUAAAGAAGGCUGCUGAAGAUCCUGCACCAAAGGAAAAGCAAACUCAUGAGUGGAAGUCUCUGGAUGAUGGCAGAAUCCCUUGUCCACCAGAAACCAUGGGUGGUUGUGGUCAUGGGAUUUUAGAGUUGAUGCACAUAAAACCACUUGACAGUGUUCCAAAAUUGCUAGAGAAAGCACAAAAGUUCUUAAAGAUGUACAAACUUGAGGAAGAUAUGAGGGAUAUGCCUGAGAAAUGGUGCACAUGUUCUUCAGAUGGUGGUGAUGAGCAGUUACGAAAAGCUGCUUCUCGUGAAAAUUCCAGUGACAAUUACUUGUAUUGCCCAUGUGCAAUAGACAUUAAACCUGGAGAUUUGAAACAUUUUCAGUGGCAUUGGUCAAAAGGGGAGCCAGUAAUAGUGAGUAAUGUUCUAGAAACUACACUUGGGCUGAGCUGGGAACCCAUGGUCAUGUGGCGUGCUUUUCGCCAGAUUACAAAUCUCAACCAUGAUAGGCUCUUGGAUGUGACUGCUGUUAAUUGUUUGGAUUGGUGUGAGGUUGAUAUUAGUGUUCAUCAGUUUUUUAUUGGGUAUUUGGAGGGUAAAGAUGACAUAGAAGGGUGGCCUUAUAUCCUAAAGUUGAAAGCCUGGCCCAUAUCAAAUUUAUUUGAAGAACGGUUACCACGUCAUGGUGUUGAAUUUAUCACUUCUCUACCCUUUAAAGAAUAUACGCAUCCUCGUGAUGGCUACCUUAAUCUUGCAGUCAAGUUGCCUCCAAGAUCUCUGAAGCCAGACAUAGGUCCUAAAACAUAUAUAGCUUAUGGCUUUUCUGAAGAAUUAGGACGUGGAGACUCUGUAACUAAACUUCAUUGUGAUGAUUCUGAUGUGGUGAAUUUGUUGACUCAUACUGCAAGUGUGACCCCCAACCCCGAACAGCUUAAAGAGAUUGAUAAAUUGAAACAACAGCAUAGGGCUCAGGAUGAGAUGGAACUUUUUGGAUUGGCAGGGAAGACUCAACUUGAUGUUGAUAACAUGAAAGAUGUUACUUUCCAAAAAGGGACACUAGGUAGUUGUGUGGAUGGAUCUGAUCUGGGAGAGGGAGGUGCUCUGUGGGACAUCUUUAGGAGGGAGGAUACUCCUAAACUUGAGGAAUAUCUCAAAAAACACUUUACAGAGUUUCGGGAUGUCUAUUGUUGUCCUGUGCAGAAGGUUAUCCACCCACUUCAUGACCAAACAUUCUACUUAACCAUGGAGCAUAAAAGGAAGCUCAAGGAAGAAUUUGGAAUUGAAGCAUGGAGUUUUGUACAAAAGCUUGGGGAUGCUGUCUUUAUACCUGCUGGAUGUGCCCAUCAAGUUAGAAAUCUAAAGUCAUGUAUAAAAGUAGCACUGGACUUUGUUUCUCCUGAAAAUGUUGGUGAAUGCAUUCGGUUGACAGAUGAUUUCCGCCUUCUUCCCCAAAAUCAUAGGGCUAAAGAAGAUAAGUUGGGGGUGAAGAAAAUUGCAGUUUAUGCAGUGGAGGCAGCUGUGAAGGACUUGGAAAAUUUUGUUCCCAAGAACUCUCAACAUCUUGAAGACUCCCUGGAUCAUUUAAGCCCUGAAUGCUCUGAAAACAUGGAAUUUUUUCCAAAUAUUAACCAAACCUCACAAAAUAGUGAAAAGGGUGCAAGAGGUGAAGAAAUGGGAGUAGAUAUUGAUCAUGACACAGCAAGUGAAGAAGGGGACAAUUCUGAACACUCCAACCAAGAGUCUAAGGUAUCACAGUCUUCUCUGUCUGUUGAUGAAUUUAUUGCACAACUUCGUGCAAUUAGGGUUACUAGAGACAGAGAAGUUGAACUCAUGGGAAAAAAAGUUGAAAUCAUGGAAAAAAGACUCGACUUGAAGCUAAAAAAGGAAGAAAUGAAGGCUAAGAAGUUGCAUCACAUGCAUCUUAAUACACUGUUGUUGAAAGACCACUUGUCGCCUGAAGAUGAAGACAUUAAGCGACAUUUAUGGGCGAUGUUGUAUGGGAAGCUAUUGUAGUUUAUUUUAAUAUCUUUUGCUGUUUUACAAGAAACAUGUCUAUGAUUCCUACUUUUGUCUGUUACUAUGGGAUUGUGACAUGCACACAAAUAGAAGUAGAACAUGUGUCAUGAGGUCCUCAAAGAACCACCUACACAAUGGGAACACUAAUACCUAAAGCAAAUAUAGCAUAAACUUUGUAUGUAUGAGUUUGACUAACACUUGAUUUUGGUUGGAAAUUAGAUGAAAUGGGUGGCAUUAAACUUUUAAAUGAUUGCUAUACUGUGAGACUUUUCCU